AUGUUUUUUGCACUCUAUAACUUAGUUUGGCAGAUACAGUUCUUUGGCAUCGUGCUGGUUGUGAGCGACCGGAUGGGCGCCAUCCAGAGGCAGCUGCUGAGGAGUGUGCGGCCGCCGCUGCACAGGGAGGCGGAGCUGGAGGAGGCGACUACCUUCGGAGGGCAGUGGUGGGUGGCGGAGGGUGAAAUACGGCGCCUGCAGCGAGCCAGGCUGGCCCUGCACCGCGUCGCCCGCCUCUGUGGACACCACUUUGGACUGGCGCUGUCACUCUCCAUGCUCAACCGCCUGCUGCAGGUCGUCUGCACCAGUUACAGCACCGUGCUGAUGGUGAAGCACUGGCCACACCUCUCGUUUGGAUUACGUGCCAUGGCCACCACAUUCGGUGCUCUGUCUGUGGUUGAGGCCUGCUGCCCGCUGGCUUUGUGCUGGGCGUGCACUUCUGCAGCGGAUAGAGCAGUUAGAGUUGGCCUGGUGCUGAACAAGAUUCAGUUCCUGCUUCCGCCCAGAGUGACGUCACGCUCUCUCCAAUUGGCAGUGGAGAAACUGCACUUUUCCGCUGCUGGCUUCUUUGACUUACAUCUACGUUUAUUUGUUGCUCUUAUUGGUACGAGUGUCACGUAUGUUAUAAUACUUGUACAACUGCGCAGUUAA